UCUGAACUGUUCAGUGUCUUUCCUCCGGAACUAAAGUUCAGAAAACAUGUCUCGAAGAUAUGACUCGAGGACUACUAUAUUUUCUCCAGAAGGUCGCUUGUACCAAGUCGAAUAUGCCAUGGAAGCUAUUGGACAUGCAGGCACCUGUUUGGGAAUUUUAGCAAACGAUGGUGUUUUGCUUGCAGCAGAGAGACGCAACAUCCACAAGCUUCUUGAUGAAGUCUUUUUUUCUGAAAAAAUUUAUAAACUCAAUGAGGACAUGGCUUGCAGUGUGGCAGGCAUAACUUCUGAUGCUAAUGUUCUGACUAAUGAACUGAGGCUCAUUGCUCAAAGGUAUUUAUUGCAGUAUCAGGAGCCAAUUCCUUGUGAGCAGUUGGUUACAGCACUGUGUGAUAUCAAACAAGCUUAUACACAGUUUGGAGGAAAACGUCCCUUUGGUGUUUCGUUGCUAUAUAUUGGCUGGGAUAAGCACUAUGGCUUUCAGCUCUAUCAGAGUGACCCUAGUGGAAAUUAUGGGGGAUGGAAAGCCACAUGCAUUGGAAAUAAUAGCGCUGCAGCUGUGUCAAUGUUAAAACAAGACUACAAAGAAGGAGAAAUGACACUGAAGUCAGCACUUGCUCUAGCUAUCAAAGUCUUAAACAAGACCAUGGAUGUUAGCAAACUCUCUGCUGAAAAGGUGGAAAUUGCUACACUAACGAGAGAGAAUGGAAAGACAGUCAUCAGGGUUCUCAAACAAAAGGAAGUGGAACAGUUGAUCAAAAAACAUGAAGAAGAAGAAGCUAAAGCUGAGCGUGAGAAGAAAGAAAAAGAACAGAAGGAAAAGGAGAAAUAGAAGACAAAAUAAGGGAUUUUAUGACUCACUGAGGGCACCAUUUCAGUGUAAAAUUUGUCCUACUCUUCCACACGGAGAAAGCUUUGAUUUUUUUUUUUUUUUAACUUGUGGGAAAAUAGGACAGUGCCAACUGAAUUGGGUCCUUGUUAUUUCUGUCCAAUUGAAUUCUUCAUUGUAAUGAUGAUUAUUCUUCAUGGACAUCUUAAUCCCCUCACCUUUUUUUUGAAUAAAAUUUAGAAAGAAUGGAAA